GUUAACGCAACUGAUGUAUUCAGAAAGUAAUGUUAAAGGUGAGAAACUGACAAAUUUUGGAAAAUUUGGACUUAAAACAAUUCCAGAUUAUUUGAAAUAUUAUGCUGAAAAACUAAAAGAAAAUGAAGCAUUUGUUUUUGCUUCUGGAGAAAGAAAAUUUUGGGAUGUCGUUAGCUGGAAAAUGCUUUAUGAAAACUCAUUUUCCACUGCCAUGUCACUUGUACAAAUUGGAGUCAAGGAAAGAGAGUUAGUGGCUGUCAACUUGAGGACAUGUCCGGAAUGGCUAUACAUAACGUUUGGUGCGAUGAUGGCUGGAGCAAUACCGGUGCCUAUUGCGUUUGUUUACGAGGACGGCAGUGACAUUAUUGAAGUAAUGAAACGGUUAGAGAAAUGUUCAACAUUAGUGAUGGAUCCAGGAUGGGACGGAGAAAACUUGAAAAUCAUCAAAAGGCUUGUUAACUCUUGUAAUGACAGUGGAGAAGUUGAAUGUGAACAAAUGCCAUACCUGAGGAACCUAAUAGUUCAUGAUCCAGCGAAUAUCGAACCACAGUUUAAAUGCAGACGAUUGGAUGAUCUAGUGAAUGAAACGGAUAACGAAAUCAAGCUACCACCAAUAGAUGAAGACGAGAUAGCGGUGUUGUUGCAGACAUCAGGAAGCACAGGAAUAGCGAAACUGGUUGCACAUACUCAUAAAUCAUUAUUAUUGACGUGUUUGUUUCAAGACUGUGGCUGGUUCACUCCGGAGAAUGUGUACUUCAAUGACCCCCAUUCACGUGGAUUGGAGGACUGCCCUUGUCUUGUCUCAUUGGUCAGAAACGUACUGGCCGGUGAAGAUGAUCCUCACUGGAGGUCAGCCACUAACAAGAAGUAUAGUGUCAAGUAUUGGAAGUGUUUGCAAAUAUCUAUGCUGCGGUUACGGGCAACCGAAUUCAUAUUGAUGUCCUCAAUGGUUGUCGACGACCCCGAACAAUUUACAGAAUAUGCGUGUGGAAGGGUGGUAGCAGGACCUGGCUUAGAGGUUAAAAUUGUUGAUGACAACGAACAGAUAGUUCCAGUGAAUACAGGGGGUGAAAUUUACAUCCGUAGCCCUUGUAUGUUCAAAGGUUAUUUCAAUGAUAAAGUCAGAACUGAUCGUGUAAAAUCAAAGGAUGGUUGGUACAGAACGGGCGAUCUUGGUAAAAUGAAUGAAGACGGGUUUUUCUAUAUUGAUGGAAGGAAAUCAAAUAUAAUAAUAUCUGGCGGCAUAAAUGUCUUACCGGAAGUUAUGGAACCUGUUAUAAAAGCUUGCCCAGGCAUUGAAUCCGUUGUUGUGGUACCGGUUCCAGAUGAUGUCAGCUACCAGUUGCUUUGCGUAAGCAUAGUCCCAAAACCUGGAAGUGGACUAACUGCGGCACAAGUUCAAACCUUUUGUGAAGGUUUACACAAUGAUAGAAAGGGUGUGUUUACAGUCCUUCCGAAGUUUUAUCUAUUAUUUGCGAAGUUUCCAGAGACAAGAACCGGUAAGACGUCGAGAAUCGAAUUGGCAAGAAUUGCUGCAGCUUCCGUAAAAGGAUAACAGGAAAGAAAAUGUUGAUAAAGAGACUGGGUAUCUGAACAUAGCCUCCUAUAACCAGUAUAUAGCAAAAUGAAACACACACAUAUACGUAUACCAUUAGACUGCAUAACAAGUUGUCAAGACACUCUUAAUAUAAACUGUUAUACUGUAAAAUGUUCUUUUUUAUUCCAUCGAAAUCGAAGACCCCGAAAGCAUAUCUUGUAGUUCAUCACUUAUUUUUGCACUCAUAUCAUUUCACAGUUUUCAUUCAAUCAUAAACAUCAUCAACAUGCAAUGGGCAUUGUCUCAAAACAUUACUAGAUUCUAAGCAGCCUUUUAAUCUUCUGCGUCCAUCUAGAUAUGUUUUGCAACUGAACCUCUCGCCUAAAGCUGUAUCUGUUCUGUUGCCGCAACUAUUGCUAGCUUAGCAAUUAUGCACAUUAUAAAAUUUGGUUGAUACGUCUUCGAAAUAAUGAUGUAGUCUGACAGGAAACCAAACAAUAAAAACUAUGUUGGCUGAGUUCUGUUAGCUUCGGUUUAUCGUUCAGUUGCCUCUUGUCUUUAACCCCUAGUCUGCUAAAUUUUUAAAAUAGACUUGUCCAUCAUUCAAUUUGGGCACUACCACUUACUAUUCAAAGGGGUGUUAAAUAAAGAUUUACUGACUGAAUAGCAAACAGUGCAAACCAUGUGCAGGCUGACCUUGGUCUGCACUGGUCUCAAAGGCAGAAUCACUUGCCGGCAGCAGGCUAAAGGUAAUCCGGAGCGCAGUCGGAACGGUUAUAUUCUAUGUCGUCCGAUACAACGUAUUUUUUCUUCUUCCUUUUUUUUGUCUGCGAAACUACGUCUCUUCGUUCUUGCUCUUGAGCCAGUAAGAUUAAACGAAAAGAUACAAACUAACAAAAUGUCGUCAAUUUCUUCUUUUUGUGUGCCGCAGAACGGCCGAACUAAAGGACACAGGACCGAUGUCGAUUGAAAAGAACCAACAUAUAAGAUCUUUGAGAAACAGAAAAUUAAAUACUGGUACCCUGAUUUGAAACGAAUUCAUCUUUGACAUAAUUAAUACAUAAUGCUGUUUACAGGAAAUUGAUGUACAAAUAUAGUAAACUCUGAAAUAGAUAGAUAGAUAGAUAGAUUUAUUUCGGUAAGAUAGAUUUAUUUCGGUAAGGAGUGCACAUACAUGGACAAUUAAAAACAACAUGUAUAGUAAUUACAACAUAAUAACAUAAUACAUACAUGAAAUUAAAAAUAGCCAUGACAGGCACACCGUCACCAAGGAUUACACAAAAAAGAGAAAACUCUUAUUUCCACUGUGGUCCUUUGUGUUGGUGGCAUGACAUAGAGAGGCAUAACAGAGUUUACAGAAUUAUGUGACUAGAUGGAAAUUGAAGUAUGUGACUAGAUGGAAAUUACACAGCUAUAUCAAAUAGAGAAUUAUGUGACUAGAUGGAAAUUGCACAACUAUUUCAAAAAGUAAAAUGCGAGCUUAAAUUAAAAUGUUCAUA